CCCCCGAAUUGACAUCCCCCCCUUUCUGGUCGCCAUCCAGUUCCCAUCAACUCCUCGUGCAAACUCACCCUCUUGCACUCCUGAGAACUCUUGAUCCAAUGGCUCUAUCAUACCUUGGCUGAUUACCCUAACCAAGAUCUCCUUCCUUUGCGAAUUCUCCACGGCAACUCCAGCCAGCUGUGACGUGACCUCAAUCCGCUCCUCAUGGUUCUCCAACCCUUCACCUAAACUCACACGCUCCUUCUUUUCCCUUGCCUUCGUUUAUUUCUUUCUUUCGCAGUCCUUAGGUCGAUACCUAAGGAUAGUCUACAAUCCGGCCACUUUCUUUCUUUCCUGUUUUGUAAUCUUAAGUAUCUUCACCACCCGCGUUCUCGGGUGGCCAAUUCGUCAGCACCAUGGAGGGUGUACGCCAAAAAUGUCGACCAAAACAUCAGCUCCUAGUCCUCAAGUGCUAUCCGCAAUAUCAAAAAGGAGUCCAGGAUGUUAAACCCAAUUCAAGCGAACUUUCCUAUCUCCUCUACUAUGUCAGCACACGCCGCAGCAAGCUUCCGAAGGUUAGCGCCUUCCUGGAAAAAAGGGCCGCUCGAGAUGUUUGGCGUCGUAAAAUAGGAAAUAUCCAGGUUACGCUUCAAAUCCUCAGCGCGCUCAUCGAAAAGGUUCCUCGUGAUCUACCCAUUUUCGCACGGUCGGUGUUGACAGUGAUCGAAACCGUUUUACGCUCCCGCGAUAUUUUUAUGGUCGAGGAUUCCAUUGCAACUUUCGAGACUUUCUGCCGGCACCAGGAUAUGGCAGCUCUGUCCGCAGAGCAAGACUUUGCAAAUCAGUUCCGGGAGGUCGUCCGUAUAUAUGCGGGCUUCGCCGAUGAGGAGCAAAUUUCCCAGUCUAAGGUCGUUCCGAGCCCUCCCCAGGCUAUUCGGUGGAAGAAUGCGGGCCUGCGGGCCAUAAAAGGCGUGGUUAGUUCUGAGGCCGGGUUGGCAACAGAUGGAGGAGACUCUUUGAGAAUCAUUCUGCCCGUUGUUCUGGAAAACCUGUACAAUGGGGAUGACGACCUGCUUGCGUCGCUUGAAUUCAACCUUCAGGAAGCUGAAAGGCAUGAACCUGACCCUGCGGCACGGCGGAGAUACAGCUCUGUCACUGUGCAGACGAUCGAUACGGCGGAAGGGGAUCCGGCAUUGGCAACUCAGACCGUUGCCGAUGUGGACAAGAAAGCUGACUUGGACAUGAGGCUUCUUGCUUUUCGCUGCCUGGAACAGAUCAUCGUAAAUGGCAGCAGCCGCGGGCAAAUCCGCAUCACCACCAAAAUUGUGUUGGACUUCAUCCUUCGAAAGGAACGAUCAAAUCCCCAUCCUCUUGAACUGGAUUCCGAUGGAAAUUGGGCCACUUCGUUGAUCGAAAUCGUAGCCAAAUGGUGUCCCGUUCAGGCCCGUUUUAUUAUCUCGGCUGCCGCCAUGGAGGUUCUUUUCGAGAUUCCCUCGAAUGAGGAGGCCCUUGACAAGGCCUUCACAAUCAUCCAGGUGAUAGAUUGGCUGUUGAAGUCUCCUGUCAACAUGAUCGGACUUAGCGUGAUCGACAUCCUGCUAGGUUUGAUGCAAUACAUGUCGUUCUUGAUAUCCCCAACGAUGGAGAGAACCAUGGAUGAGCAGUCUACUGAAAAGGAAAAGGCCCCUUACGGCGAGAAUGUGGCACUUUCUCGCAAAAGAAAGCAACUGCUGUUACUGCUCCAGAAAUGUAUCGGAGAUCUUACAACACACAUUUAUUAUGGAGAUCAGGUUGUUGACAUGAUUAGAACGAUCCUAACUCGGAUUAGGCCUGUGCAUAACCAGGAAGCAUCAGGCCCCGAUCAAGCGGAUACCACAGCAUUGACUGGGGAGGUAAAUCUGGCGCCAUUCUCCUUGGCUAGCGCCAAGAUUUGUGCUCUCAAAGCCAUCAAAAAUAUCCUACUUGUGGCUAAUUCCCAACGGCCGAUAGCGGCAGCCGGUGUUGAAUCAAGAAACCCCGUUGGUAUUCACGUGUGGGAAGGAACGCAGUGGCUCCUCCAAGACCCAGAAAAAGAAGUUCGAUACGCAUACGUCGAUGCACUUCUUUACUGGCUGAAGGUGGAAACAAAUAGAACUGAUCUGCGUGUUAAAGACAGUUCUAACAAAACUGCAAACACGUCACCAAAACGCGACUCUCCAGAGACUGCCGAGAAAACUGGGAAACGAUCAGGAGCGCGCCAGAGGGAGAAAGCCAUUAUAGCGGCACAGUCGAAUUUUCUCCGUUUGCUCCACUUGACGGUCUACGAGGUCGCGCUUCAAUAUCCAACCGAGGAAACAGUAAUCCGCAUACUUCAUCUUCUUUUAGCCAGCCUGGUUGAAAAUCUUGGUGUGAAUGCUGCGCGAUUCGGGCUCCCGAUGACCUUGAGGCUUCAGGAUGACCUGGCUACCCUGGAAAGCUUAACUUCGCCCGCAGCAAAAGUGAAUAUCGGGAGCUUGGUGUAUGGAUAUCUAUGGGCAUUGUCCGAGAACUUUGACUUGGACACCUACAGAGUUGGAAAAGAGAUCCACUCCGAAAUCGAGCAAAGAAAAAGUCGUGGUAUCUGGCUAAAUAGCAUCGGCCUUUCUCUCGCCAGUUUUGAUAGCAUUAUCCAAGAUACGGAGCGUCAAACCAUCACCAAAAGCCCCAAAGAUACCAAGAUGCUGAUUCCUUUCAAGAGCGGCGUUGAGGAGCUCGUCCGUCGAAUUGAGGAAUCAUAUAACCAUACAAUGUCCGCGUAUAGUCCACCAGGCUCUCCGGCGCGAAAUUUGGAUAAGCCAGUUCUUGGAAAUCUACCAUCCGCAAACCCCCACCAAUGCGAUCUCCUCCCAGCUUCAGUGAGAGAACAGAUGUUGUCUACAUGGUCCAAAGCCCUAUGCUUGGAAGCCGCCGAGAGGGAAAAGGCAGAAGCUUUGUCCCUCAGCGGAUCGAAGACUGGAACCGUACCCCUUCGCAACCACAUCUACACCAACGGUAACGGGGGUAGCUCACUUUCAACGGCUACUUCUCCCACGUCGACACCCUAUGGUGCAGCGGGUCUGCAAUAUUCUCGCCGCAUGAGCGUCCCUGAAGCUCCAGAAACACCAGUUCAUAGCUCAAGCAGGGAGUCACCAGUACAUGUCAAUGAACUAAGGCGUGUACUUUCUGUGAACAUCCAAGAUAAGGAUCGACGACUAAGCCCUCUACGUGGCCGAAUCGGCGCCUCAAAUGGUAGUGUCAUCUCAUCAAGUAGUGAGAGCAUGGUCAGCGGGUUUUCAACGUCCGAGUUUGAGAUGGACGGAGGGUCAAUCCGGCGCCCAUCUACGAGAGAUGGACAGGAAACGCUGUAUGGUGAUGGGGCAGAAACCCCUAAGGCUUUUAUGACAAAUGGGCGUCAUGGGCCGCAAAUGUCCCGAUCAUCCUCCUAUGGUAUACCGCCUGUACCCCCAAUCCCGCACGAAUUGUCUCUUCCGGGUGGGUUUCCAAACAACUCUCAGCGCUCACUGACAUCCGUCGAUCGGCCAUCGACUGCUCCCUCUUCGCGAAAACAGCACGUCGUUAAUGGCAAACUAGGAACAGCGGCCGCUGCAGCUCAUUCUAAGACACUGCACAGAAACAAGAGUCGGUCUAGUGCCGGACUUGCGGCCGCUGCAGAAAUACCAGGGCUGGCCCUUAAUGGUGGACCUGGAGGCCAAGCCUAUGGCAUGCAUGAAGUGGAAGACACGGCACAACGACGCGAUUUACAGAAGCUUCUUGAUGGAUUCCUGUCACCUGCAAACGCCGAGUCUGGACCUCCUCCUGGCCGAAGUCCCUCCUACCGACGCCGGGCAACAGGGGGAAUCGGCCGUCCACCUUACUAGGCAGACUUGUACGAUUUCUUUCCUCGCCUGUUUAUUUCAUUCUCCUUCAUCUUAUUCAUCAUUUUUCUUGAGGUUAUCGGCCCUUUUAUCAAGCAAUCAUGUUUUACCCUUUUUGUCGAAGCCUAUGCACAUAUUUCUUGAGUUUUAUUUCUUCCCCCCCCCCCCCCCCCCCC